ACAAGUGCGGGGGGCGAGCGGUGCCGGAGCCGUCCCCGCCUCCGACACCGCCGGAACGCCCGUCCCGGGCGCCGCGCAUGGAGCGUGAGCGACGGCGGUCGCCGGGCUGAGCCGCGCGGAGCGGCCGGGAAGUGGAUGCGGCCGCGACCUACCGCCCCCGCCCCGCCGAGCUGGAGCUGCUCCCGGGCAAGAUAUGAGAAAUGAGUGUUGGACGUCGAAGAAUAAAGUUGUUGGGUAUCCUGAUGAUGGCAAACGUCUUCAUUUAUUUGAUCAUGGAAGUCUCCAAAAGCAGUAGCCAAGAAAAAAAUGGAAAGGGGGAAGUAAUAAUACCCAAAGAAAAGUUCUGGAAGACAUCAAGCCCUCCUCAGGCAUACUGGAACAGAGAGCAAGAAAAACUGAACACACGGUACAAUCCCAUUCUGAGCGCAUUGGCCAACCAGACAGGGGAAGUAUACGGGUUUUCCAAUAUAAGCCAUCUGAAUUAUUGUGAACCUGACCUUAGGGUCACGUCGGUUGUUACAGGUUUUAACAAUUUGCCGGACAGGUUUAAAGACUUUCUGCUGUAUUUGAGAUGUCGAAAUUAUUCACUGCUUAUAGAUCAACCAGAUAAGUGUGCAAAGAAACCCUUCUUAUUGCUGGCAAUUAAGUCCCUCACUCCACAUUUCGCCAGAAGGCAAGCAAUCCGGGAGUCCUGGGGCAGAGAAACCAAUGUGGCCAACCAGACAGUGGUGCGAGUCUUCUUGCUGGGCCAGAACCCCCCAGAGGACAACCACCCCGACCUUUCAGACAUGCUGAAGUUUGAGAGUGAGAAACACCAAGACAUUCUUCUCUGGAACUACAGGGACACUUUCUUCAACUUGUCCCUGAAGGAGGUGCUGUUUCUCAGGUGGGUGAGCACUUCCUGCCCAGACACUGAGUUUGUCUUCAAGGGCGAUGACGAUGUUUUUGUGAACACCCAUCAAAUCCUGAAUUACUUGAAUAGCUUAUCCAAGAACAAAGCCAAAGAUCUGUUUAUAGGUGAUGUGAUCCACAAUGCCGGACCCCAUCGGGAUAAGAAACUGAAGUACUACAUCCCGGAAGUUGUUUACUCUGGUGUCUACCCGCCUUAUGCAGGGGGUGGGGGGUUCCUCUACUCGGGUCACCUGGCCCUGAGGCUGUGCAAUGUAACUGACCGGGUCCAUCUCUACCCCAUUGAUGAUGUUUAUACUGGAAUGUGCCUUCAGAAACUUGGCCUCGUUCCAGAGAAACACAAAGGCUUCAGGACAUUUGAUAUCGAGGAGAAAAACAGGAAUAACAUUUGUUCCUAUGUAGACCUGAUGUUGGUUCAUAGCAGAAAACCUCAAGAGAUGAUUGAUAUUUGGUCGCGGUUGCAAAGUGCUCAUUUAAAAUGCUGAAAUAUAUACUAACUGAAUUUUGCGUAGAAAGGCAUAUCUUGAAUAGUUCCCAUGCUGUGUUCUCACGUUAGGGUAAUUUCUAUGUUCAACCAUCAAAACUGCCUUUAGAAGUAGUAUGCAUUUGAGGGCCUCUGAACCUUUCAGUUUGGUACUUUUGUGAAAAAGAAAAGCAGAAGAUGAUCAUUUUUUAUGGAGGAUACUAGCUAACGACCAUUAUUUUCUAAUUUGUCUCCCCUUCUCAUUCAAAAUUAUAAAUUUCUAGAAUUUGACUGUUUUAAGUUGUUGGGUUUUUUUUCUUUUUUGCCUUCCUAUGUGAUAAUAUUUCUACUUCCCCAGUAUAAUGACCAAUUUAUCUGUUAUUCAGGUGUUUAUAAACCUAUCGGCUCUAAAGACUGUUCUACGUGAUUGAGUGGUUUUCGCUGAAAUGGAAUUACAGUUAUUUUCAUGUGAUUUGGAUGAAUUUUUAAAAAAUUGUUCAGAAAAUCGACUUUUGUUGAAAUUUCCUGCCACCCCAACAGUAUUUUUUUAUGUUGAUAUAAUUAAUUUUGCAGAAUGAGAAUCACAGAGUGACACUCAUCCGGUUUGUCUUGUUGUGGUCUUGUGGUCGUAAUAAGGAGCGAGAGAGUAAUGUUUUGCAAUUGGUUUGCUAGGUGGUUUCAUAUUGUUUUCUAGUUUUAGUAUUUGAAAACAAUGAAUAUGAUUCCGUAAUGGCCAACUGAAGAUUGAAUUGCCCCUGACAACCGUAUUGGGUUUGUGAAUUUUCAAUGUGGACCAAGAAAGUGUGAGUAACGUUUGAACCUGAAGUGAAAAGAUUCAAGUUGCAAACCUUUUCAUACGUGAUUUGUCAUUUUAAAAUGCUAGGAUUCUGUUCUUUCUAUAUUUUCACAUAUUGCUUAUACAAAAUUAUUAUUCUUAGCGACGCUUCACUGUCUCAAUGUAGAAGUGCC